AUGGAUCCUGGAGCCUUAGCCCAGGCCAAGGCAGCUCCUGGUGGAUUUGCCGGCUUACUAUCAGGCCUUGAGAGCCCGAUGCCAAACUAUCGAUUUGAUUAUCUGAUUCGUCAUGCAUUUGAGCUUGUGAGCGAACUCCGAAGCCUUGAACAGCAAUUCCUUACUAUAAGAGAGAAAAAGGACACUGAAGGACUGGCAUUGCCCCGAUCUCGCCAUCAGUGCACCGUCCUGGCACUGGCCAAAAAGGUCAAGAAGCACGAGAAACAGGAGACACUCAAGGCCAUUGAUGUCAUUAGUGCAGCGCGCACCCAGCAGGAAAAAGCAAUGGAAUAUUAUCUCCUACUCACUGCUGAUAAAGAUAAAAUCAAAAUCCCUGGUAUUGGUGAAUCAUGGAAGGGCGUGCCACAAGAGAUUCACACCAUUAAAGGGGACAUCCCGAUGUCUUCCCUCGAGAAGGAGGAGUUGGAUAAGGGAGAUACGGCAUCCGACGUCUAUCUAGCGGCGGGUGUGGCCAGCGCAGUUGGUGAUGUGGUGGGUGUCAUACUUGACUUUGCGGUAAAGGCACAGCCGAUGGGUGCUAGAUGUGAUAUGUGCGAUGUGGCAAUCAAGUCAUCACAGAAGGAUAUUGAGAAUUCUGGCGCAAAGGAGGAUUGGCUUCGGAUGAAGAACACUGGGGAGCAGCUAUAUAAUAGGCUUGAUAGCACAGUGACUAUGCUAUCUCGUCAAACAUACCAGCUUACCCUUGAAAUGGCUAAUGUGGUCCAGUGUGCUCUGCAUUUUGAGCAUUCGCUCCGGUUUCCUAACAGUAAAAGCCCAGACAGCCAGCUAGCCAAGGGGCAAACAGAUUAUUGGGAGCAAUCCCCUGAUGGGCAACUAGCAGGGGAGGCUUCGUACCUGGACCUCAAGCGCAUGGAGUUGCUACACAUGGAGAACUGUACUCAUGAUUUUGAGAUUACGAAAAACGUUUCUAUUCGGCAGCUUAACCAAUGUGUUCUCCUUCAGUUACGCGAACAAGGCAGGUUGUCUGUCGUGAAUCAAUGGCAGAACUACCCUGACCGAAUCAUACUUAAAAACCGAUAUGCGCCAAUGCUAGGCAAGGCCACUGAAAUGAUGCUUCACGAGACCGCGCAUCCGGAGCCUGUUACCCUCUCCCGGCUUUCCCCCCAGGCAGACAGUAUCAGAUGUUUUGGUGGCCUUUAUCCAGUAACGAAGUUCGGAUGUGCACGAGGCCUGGGUAAUGCCGUCCGCCGCGGAAUCUUGCCCAUCGACGAGGCCUCUCGGUUUCCCAGGCUUGAAAUCAACAGCAAUCAAGGCUCCCGGCUUCUCGAACGUGCCAUGGGGUCCGAUAGAGUGGCGGGUUAUGCUAUGGAAGGACUGAUUGACCAGAUCCAGAGGGGGGAAACCACCAAGGAAGAAGUACGCGAUUUCUUAAUCGAAGCCUCGGGAUACACCGAAAAGGUGGAAACAGCAGGCGCCCUCCUGGUCCGGGAUUGGCUCCAACACCCCGAGUAUACUCUCGCCUCCACUGCUCCUAGUCUAACGAGGUGCGAGUGCAAUCUAACUCGCUCGGUGCUGGCUCGUGAGGCACAUUACCAGCGACUGGGUGCAUACCUUGGCAUCUUCGACAUCCCAGUGUCGAACACUCUUUCAGAGAAAUACAUGCCUCCUUACUACUCCUUGAGCAUUUCCGCUUUAACUCCGUUGACCCACGGUGUACAGUUAGCUGCAUUAUUUGACCAAGCCCAUUCGAGCCUCGAGGAUUUCGAGACCCAUAAAAACAUUCUCGAAUUUAUCGCGUCUUUUGAAUGGCUCGCCGACAUAUCACAGUGUACAGCGAUUGCCCUUUUCCUAGAUCGUACUCUUACUGUUGCACCGUCUAUCAGUGACUUAGAAGCCUAUGAUACUCACCCAAUAGAUAUAGUCCAAAUGGUAGAUGGCAAGGGGUAUAAUGCCAUUAUUGCACGGUUUAAGGCAGAAACUCAGACGGUGACAGUGCUAUGGACUCAAGGCUCACCGGAGUAUAUUAUUAAUAGUGCCAUUAGUGAGUCAGGAUCGUUGGUUGUCUUGAUGUUCAAAUCACUGGCUCGAUGGACUCUAGCGACUCAAAAUCUAUGUACCAUUGAGGCUGACUACGUAGAGAUUGGUCAGUAUUUGAAAACGAUAAUGAUACUUGUUGAUAUAUGGAGAACGCGCUUCGGCCCAAUUGACCGUGAUGCUGCGAUGAGUCUGGAGCUAGCAACAACCUAUCUGCGGCGUAAUGCACUUUUCUGUGCUAUCGACGGAGAUCUCGCGGGCCUUGUCUUCUACGAGCUUUCCUGCCGACUUCAGAGUUUCCUGGCGGACUAG